UAGGGUUACAUCCUUUUGUAAAAUAAAAAACUUUGACAAUGGUGCUUUUCCGGUUUUAUACCACUGCUGUUCUUUUGUUAAGUUUAACGUCAGUGAAAACAUACUCUGUUCCAUAUCAGAACAUUCAGCUAGCGUUUCCCAGUACGCCAAAAUUGAUAUAUACAUCUGAACCUAAUCCUACUUUCAGUGGAUAUUCCUAUGCAACUCAAGAUUUUAAUAGUGGAAGUAAUGUUGUUUUUACAACUGGUGUCGAUUCUAUGAGCAGAUUAAAGAAUGAAAUAAACUCAAUAAAAAUAUCAGAAGAAUAUUCACAAAAAGAUAAAGGCCAAAAGAAUAUAACAUCUCCAAAGCAAUCUGAAUCCAUACAAGCUGAAGAAAGUAAAAGCAAACAAGCUCUUGACUCAAAUAUUAAAGUUCUGAACGAAAAAAAGAAAUUUUCAAAAAAUCCUGAAGCAAAUAAUCUUAUUGAAUAUCAACCGAAUCUUCAACAAGUUUCUCUUGUAGAUGUACCUUAUCCCGCAUUUAGAGAAAAUUUACUAAACUUACAUCUUCCAGAGUUUUCAAGAUAUCAAAUAUCAAACAUAAUACAGAGCCAAUAUUAUCCUUACAAUCCCUAUGCUAACUUAGAACUGCCUUUAAAUAAUUUUGAUUUUUAUAAUCCUACUGUGCCACUAUUUUAUCAAGCAGCAACAGUCGUUUCUGAUAGUAAUUCCAAGUUAUUGACAACUACUGAAAAUACAAAAGCAUCUGUGCAAUCACAUAUUACUAAAAGCUCACAAAUAAGCACCAGCUCCGAAUCUAAUUUGGUAAAAUCCCGUGUAAUAGAAUCAACAACGGAUGCGAUCAAAGAAACACUUUCAAGUCAGUCUGCUACUUCCACGAAGAAACUUGAAUGCACAUCUGAGAAAAUUAGACAAGAAAUUACAACUACUGAGUCUCCAAUAACAUCUCAGAAAUCAGUUGAAGAGAUUACAGAUAAAAAAGUAAAUAGUACGGAGUUAACAAGUACAACAACAAGUCCUCUGACAGAGAAAUCAAAUACUGCAAUAUAAGAGAUAUACAAGAUGUAUGAAACAUUUCUCAAUUAAAAUAUAAGUCUAUAUGUAUUUUAUUUUUUUGUAUUAUACUU